AUGUCCGAUUGCCUGACUUCAUUAAGUCAUGUACGUUCCACAACGGUGUACUCGUCAAAUACAUAUGUACAGGGUGAUCAGUUUGUCACGAACAAGCGGUUUCCUCUGAUGAUUGUAAGUGGAUUUAAUUCCUAUUUUUUUUUUUCAAUUAUUAUAAGGGGGAAUCGUUCAUGAUAAACUUUCUAUCUCUAUUAUUAUUUUCAAUUUUGUUAUGCCUACUUCUUAUACCUUAAACCAGUUUAUAUACUUUUAAACGCAGAUCCGUAUAAGGAAUAUUAUUUUUCAAAAACACGUUGAUAACAUGUGUAUAAAUUAAACAUUUACCGUUUAUCACCUAAAAAAUGUAAAGUUUAUACUAAAGGAAUAGAGGAAAGUUAUCAAUUUAUCGUCUAAAAAGUGGAUGUAAAGUUUAUUAUUCUUCCCUAUAAUACCCUUUCGGUCUAAAUUUUAAACUGUUAUAAUUCAUAAAUGAAAAAUCCGAUAUUAGCUAGCUGCAGUAUGUAUAUCAAAAUGCAAACAAAUUACUUGUAUCUGUGUUUAAAAUGUUCCUAUUUGAUUAUCAAAUGUGUAUAUUUAUUCAAGUUACUAUCCUUAUGAAUAGUACCUAAUAGUGGUAAACAAUUGAUAAUUUUCGAAACAUAGCUUAGACAAUUCUAUAAUAAUUAUAUUAAAAAAAAAAGCAGAAAUUAAAUUCACUCCUUCCGAGAAUAUCAGAUAAUUCGUGAUAAAUGGAUCACUCUGUAUAUUUAUCAUAUUCAUCAUAAAUUCUAUCGUUUGUUUGCGCGUUACGUAUAAUAUUAGCAUUUUAAUAAUGAUUAUAAUAUAUACUCGUGAUACCUGAGAAUAAAAAGCGUCGUUUUAUAAUAUUUUAAUAAUAGUGACCGUCGCAUAAAAUAUUACCCCAGUGAAGUGCGUACACGCAAACUUGUAUUCCUAUAAAGGGAAUUUUUGAAACGGAUAUCCGAAAUCGUGUGUAUACAUCGCGUGGUUUUGAUAUCUAUUAAAAAAAUUAAAUAAAAUACAUUCGCUACGCUCAGAAUCUAAAAAAAUUAAUAUUGAUAUCUAUUUUCAAUCUGUAUUAAUUUUCUAAUUCUUCGGUUCCGAACAUAAUUCAUCAUAUUUCAUUUCGUUCUAAUAUUUACAACAAUAAGUUAAAUCAAGUACGCUACGUAUAUUAUUAUCAGAAAACCUAGUUGAACGUUUAGUGAAAACCCAGAGAAAGACGUUUUGUAAUUUAAAUUUCAACUGUUAUAUAUUCGUUCCCAGAAAAGAAGAGCUUAAUCAAUUGUUGACUUUUUUCGUUUAUAAUUGUAUCUUAUGUAAUUUAGUUGAUUUUUUUUCUUAUUUAAAUAGUAUAAUUGUAUGUAUUUUAUAAAUUAGCGUAUUUAGUGUAUUGGUGUAAGUACAAGUGGGUAGAUUUUCAAAAUGCAAUGUUCUUGUGUUAAAAUCUAUACAAAAUCGAUUUAAACUUGUUUUCAAUAAGACCAAUGGUCUGUUGGCUUGUUUUUUUUUUUUGAACUUUUAAGAGGUUUUAUUGUUCGUUUGCCUCAUGAAAAAAAAAAUGAUAUUUAAUUAAUAAUAAUGAAAACCAAAAGAAAAAAUACAAAUAUUUCAACACAUAUUAUUGUUAUUAUUUAUUUUUCCUGAGUAAUUUAUUCUGAAAAGAAAACGAAAAUGCGGACAAAUCCCGGGAAAUUCAUUAUUGAAUAUCAUAGUAACCGUAUGAUGAAAUCUAAAAAGAAAAAAAACAAACUUCAAAAAUACUAACGCUUUUAUAUCGCAUUCCAAAAACAUUGUAAAACCCAUUAAGUACUAUAUGUAGGUGAUAUCGAAGACGACAUAAAAAUAUAUUUGCCCAUUGUAUCUAAUAAUAAGGAUGUGCCAAUGAGAUUAAUGUCCUUAUUUUGCUUAUCCGUUGCUGCAUGUACUAUUGUGUUUUCCUGAAUUCGCUAUUUUAUCUUUUAAUCACUACAUGAUUUUUAAUACGCAUUGUUCUUACUACGGUCGCACACUUACUGCGUUUAUGAUCCCGUCGCUAAUACACGAAAAACAAUCUCAGUUAAUUCGUAUUUAAACUCGCAAGAGUACGUUUUUACUGGUCUCAAAUAUUACGGUUUAAAUUUAUGUAAAAUGCAUACGUUAUACACAUUUAUAAUUACAAAAUUAUUAUAAAAAAAAAAAAAAAAAAAUGAUAUUUAAUUCUUGCAAACGAUAUUUAGCCAAGACUCUUGCUAUUUUUAAAAAAAUGUAUUUAAAAAAAAAAUUAAAUAUCUGUUAUAGGGCUUGUUUUAAGGUGUAUUAUUAACAGACACGAGUCCAUGUUAGUAAUGCCAUUGCUAUGACAAAUAAAGACACUAGAUUAAGUACACAAAAUCCAAUACGGAAAUCAUAUCACACAACUAUGAACAAAAUUGAGAAUAUAUUUAUAAUUAAGAUGAUACUCAACGUAUUGGCUUUUGUGAUAUUAAUUCCAUUUAUUUCUAAUCUUUUUUUCAAUAAUUCGCAAUUUUCUCGAAAUACCGAUAAAAUUUAAUAACAAGAUAAUAUCAUAUUAUUUUCGUUAUAAAUUAUUUAAUUAAAUCUAGAUCCACUGAUGUGUUUUCGGGAGAAAACAAAAUUACAAGAUUCUUGCAGUGCUUGCCUUGUUUUGGUCUUGAACUUGCAGCGUUGGUAUUGUUUUGGUCUUGGUCUUGCCAGUGCCGUUUUGGUCUUGUAGCAAAAGUAUUGCGAGACCGCAAGACCAAGACCAAUUUUGAUCAUCACUCAUUUCCUAAUACUAAGGUUAGAGUCAAAUAAUAAAGUUAGUAUAAUAAAUCAAACAAACUCCAAUUAUGGUAUUAGAAAAUGCGUACCUUAAAAGUGUGUUUAAGUAUGUGGAAGUUCAACGUAUACCCAAUUGGGUUUAUGAACACUAGCGACUCCGUGUAAACCUGGUAAUUAUCUUUGAUUUUACUAAUAAUUGCAGUAGUCGUCUUCGUACAACUGUGCAUUAGGAUUCGGAAGUAUUUUAGCCUAUAGCUGCUGCAGUGUGUGGGAAACCCGAUUAAACAUUUUUCUGUCAUCGUAUGUAUAUAAAACGACGAAUUUCUCCUCUCAGAUACUUACGAUUUAUGCGGCGUGCUAAGUAGGUGUUUUCAAUAAAUAAGGUUCGAAAGAGUAAUAUAAUUAAAUAUAGUACUGUUAUUUUGUAUUUUUUACCGUCCGGAUAAUCCUACGCGAAAUGUAUUAUUAUUAUUAAUUUUUUUCUUAUAGACGAAUAUUCAGUAUUACCUGUAUUGUGAAGGACUAAAGCGUUAAAAUAAUAUUGCGUGGUAUACAUUUGAACCUUACCACACGUGAUGGUGAAAGUAUAUAGGCGUAUGAGUUAAUUUAUUAUGGAAGACUGGCCUGUGAUAUUUUUUUUUUUUUUUUUUUUUUUUAUAAUUAUAUUAAAUUAAUUAUCGUUUAUUUUAUAUUUUUAAUCAAUUUCGUUGGUUUUUUUUUUUUUAUAGCUAUUCCCGAUCAUACUGCUGCAGAGAUUCGUAUAUUAUAUAACCUACAACAUACCUACAUAUAUGUAAGUAUUUCAUAUUUUAUCGUUAUUUAUUUCAAUAUAGAGCACUUUAUUUUAACAAAGUUUAAGUGAUAUUUUUUUUUAUUAACAUUGUAUGAAAACUCCCUGCAAUAGGUUAUGUUUAUGUAUUUAUAUCUAAUACAGAUUUUUCUCGAUUGCACAUAAUGUUAUAUUAUAAUAUCUGUCUAUAUUAACCGAAUAAUAUCUGCAGGAUAAAUAUACAUUAUUUAUUGUGUAUUUUAAAGACAAACAAAUUAUAUAAUCGUGAACAUUUCGCAUAAAAAAAAAAAAAAAAAAUUCUAUUUAUGGUAAUUUUUAAUUUUAUCGUAGAAAAGAUAUCAAUAUUUUUUUUAUUUAUUUUUCUAUUAGGAAAUAACCGGAUUCUUUUCUGUUUAAAUUUAAUUCGCAAUCGUCGCGGUGGCGUUGUCGCGUAAGUGCCUACACGUUUUAUUUAUUUUUGUUCAAUGUGUAAAAAGUCGUACGUACACACGUUAGUAUUUAUAUUAUUCCUACUAAAUAAUAUUAUAUGUACAUUGGUACGCAAAAUAUGAUAUAAUAAUUUAGUGAAAAGGUUUUUCUUGUUUUUCAGAAUACACACACACACAUAUAUAUAUAUAUAUAAAUAUACAUAUUUUAGCCCGGCGAACCACUCUACUUACCAUUAGCUUAACAACGAAGCGUAUAUAUACUUGCAAGAUUUGAAAACAUAAUAUAUUAUGAUAGGUACGCGUUUUACGCGUUACACUAUAUUAUAUUCAAAAGUUAUACCCAAAAGGUAUUACGACGUUAAAUUAUAUCGAAUCUUUUCUUUUGUGCGUGCGAACAAAAUGCAUAUUUUUUUUUUUAAUCCAUUGUAUUAUGCAUAACAUGUAUGCAUUUAAACAUUUAUUAGUCGUAUUUAAGGGGUUGCGUAUUUGCGAUUUUCACGAUAUUUUUGAAAAAUAUUCCAAUUAACUGUUUUUUAACAAGUUCACUCGUAUUUAUCAACAAAAAUUGUCCACAUUGAAGCCGUUUUUCGUGAGACAAAAAUACUCAGGCUAUAGACUUAACUAUAAUAAUUAAUAAGAUACUAAAUUUUAAUGAUAAAUACGAAAACUUUCAUUAUGCAUCGUUAAACUUAGUUUUUCGAUAUCACCUAAUAAUCACUAUUAAGAAAUAUAUUAUUCGAAUUUAAAAACUUAAAAAUAUAAGAUUUCAAAACAAUAAUCCAUUUUUUUCUUUUUUGAUUCUUUUAAUAUUGAACAAAUAAAACCGAUACUCCGUGAAAGUUAUGCUGAUUUUAUUAUACAAUGUAAAUUUGGUUUUCUAAUUAAGUUUAAGCCUCAGUAGUUUUCGCCCUUGUAAGUCAAUUUUUACAGUUGAAUUGCAGGAGAUACCAAGUCCAAUCAAAUGUCAAAGACAUUUCGUUUAAUACGUUUUAACUUGUUUAAAGUUUAAAUUGUAGAAAAAUGCAAUAUUUUUUUUUUUUGAUUACGGCACAUUUUUAUGCAGCGGAAACAAUUUGAUCCAUGUUGGCAAAUUUUUGAUCAAAAUUUCGGUCAGUUUGAUCGGAUGGCGACAAUUUGAUUCAGUUAGGAACUUUUUGAUUAACUGAAUUUAAAUGUCACACUAUCUAUUUUUUAGGUAUUGACUAGAUGGACGUAAACUUGGAACCUUUAAAUAAACCAAACCUAAAUCUCGUGCUUAUUAAAAAUGUAUAAUUCAUAUUUACCAAAUGAUUUUUAUUUGAUAGUGUAGGGAAAACAAUGAAAAAUUAAUAACGACCGGUUAUCGGGUACUGAUAAAUUUUUGAGUGGCUUUAUUUUUAUUUUUUGUAUGCCAUGGUGGAGAUGUUAAGAGAAAGGGGUGGGAUUUUUGAAAAUGUAUAAAGGGGGCGGUAGAAUAAAAAAGGUUGGGAACAUCAAUCACAUUGCAUUAGAAAAACGAUUGUUUAGGUAGUUGGAGCUCUGCGGUAGUAUUACACUGUACUUUUUAUGUUUGCUGUUUUAUUUUUUUUUAUUUUUUUUUUUUUUUUGGGUUUUGGCGUUCAUUUGUCCAAGUAUCCAUCUGGAAAAUUAAAAAAAAAAAAAUAAUAAAAAUAAUCCCCCGUCUUUUUUUUAAAAAAAAAAAAAACAUUUAUAGUACGCUUACUUACGUUCCAUUUUCCGGCUAUAUAUAAACUAGGUAACCGGAAAUGAACUUUAUUGACCGCGUGUUUACUGCUGUAAAAAUAUAUAACAUUAUUAAUAAUUGAUGUUGUUUACCGUAUUAUUCAAAUAUUAUAUAUAAAACAAAAGUGAACUGAUUAUUAUUAUGUUUGUGUGUGGAUAUAAAAUAAAUGUACGUUCGUACUUAGAUAUAAGUUUUUUUCCAUAGAUUAUAAAGAUUAUUCUCAUUAUUGUUAUUAUUAUAAUUAAACCGGAAAUUUAAAAAUACAACAAACAAAAAAGAAAUAAAUAAGAACGGGCGAAAAUUUUAAAAGGUUGAAGCGAAAAUGUGCAGGUUGCGUUCAGUUCAGUUAGAUUCUUUCCGUUCAGUUGCCUGAAUACGUGUUUGUUAGGAAAUUCAUCUUCGGUCAAUUUUCCUGGUCGAGGAAAAAUCGAAUCGAACCAGGAGGUCAAUUCUUGAAAUCAUGCAAUAAUAAUAGCCACCGAUUUUAUCGAAUACUAUAGAGUAUCUCGAACGAACCACUGUGGUAACGACACAAAAUAUAGAUUUAGAAAUUUGAAAAAAAUCUAGAUUCUAACCUUAGGUAAUAAUAAUUAAUGAUUUAUUUUUUCUUUGUUAUCUUUUUAUUUUUAUUUUUAACAGUAAAAUAAAAAUAUGAAGUUACAACGUAAGUUCCUAAUUGGAAAUCAAAUAAUUACUCAUUGCAAAUUUCGGUGAGCUCGUUUAAAUUUUCGGGAAACAAUAUCCAAGCAUAAAAUAUUCCGGGCUGGUUUAGACUUUUAGUGUAGUAAUGACACUUCGAUUAUACUACAAGUUUUUGUGGCCUGAGAUAUUGCCAGAAAUCGAAUAUCACCGACAGGAGUAUCAUAUAAACCCUUUGUCAAACCAUAAAAAGUCAGAAGAUAUAGAAUUAAUAAUUAAAUUAAAUAAACAUAAUAAUAGAAUAAACAUAUCUGUAAAAUUGCUUAAUAAAUAUGUAGUUAUACUUUUGUGUUCAAAUCAAUAACAGGCAAACGCGGUUUUUCGUCACUAUAAGAGGUUUGCAUAAAUCGACUUAUAGAGGACAAGAUCCUCAAGUAAGCGAUAAUUUUCAAUAAAUACCUAGUGUGUUUGACAGCAAGAAUGGACCACCAGUAAGUUAUGAGUAAUUAUUUUUCCGUAUUUACCUUUCGUGCGUUAAAUUUUCUUGUUCAUCAAUAGUUUCAAUUUCGAUCAAAAUUACCAUGUCUUCAAUAUUUGCCAUUUUAAAGUUAUAACAUAUUAGUGCACCUAUGAUGGAUUCAACUGUCAUAUUUCCACUGUAAACAAUUUUUAUCACAUGUUAUUUCUCUUGCACAAAAAAUACUGCCUUUGAAAUAAUCAUACAAGUAACGUUUAUCACUAAUUAUUUUUUCAAAAACACCCGUUUUAGUAAUUCAUGCGAUAAACAGUAGAACGAUUUCAUGAAUUGGCCCCCAGAAAAUUAAACAAAUUAAUUUUAAAAAACCUAUUCAGCUAAUUAAAAACCUCGGUAUCUAAAUAUCCAGUCCAUGUAGAUGUCACGGGCGAAUUUAACUCCUCGGUGAAGCUAAACCCUCUCAAAAAUUGUAAAAACAAUUUUAAACGGUUGAAUAGGUUUUCGAAACGAUUUUUUUUUUUAAAUAAAACCUGAGUUAAUUCCUGGAACUGAACCGAUUAAAUCAGAAGGAUAUAAAACCUUGCAACUCUAAACAGAUGCAGUGGUCGUAAAUAAACUGAUCGGAUCCAGUACGCUUGCUUUUUAACCUUUAUUACCUACUAUAUAAUUUCCUUGAUAACUUCAUUUUAACUACUAAUGUCUUGCAGUUAUGAAUAUAAGUAUAAUACAAAUUAAUAAAUAAAUAAUAAAUCGUUAUAAUACUUAUAAUUCAUAAAAAAUAAUUUUGUAUAUGGGAACUAUAUAGUGCUGUAGUAAAUCAUUUCGGUAACUUAUAGCGAUUUCAACUUGCCUAUAAAAUAGUUCAUAUACUUAUUUUUAGGAUCGCUAAAUGAUAGUUUAAAAAUUUAAGACUGCAACUUUAUCUGGGAAAUAACAUGACACAUACAUUUAGUAAUAUUAAGAUUUAUAAUAUAAUGUGAAGUUUUCUAGUUGUAAAAUAGUCCCUUUUUAAUAUUAAAUAUCUACACCAUCUCAUUCAAGUCAAUUGAAAGUCAAUAGAAAAUAUUUUGUAGUUUUAGUUUUCAUAAACGAGUCAAAAUUCUAAAAUCACUUUAAAUGAUAGCUACUUUUCUUCUUUUUUUUUUUUUUUUGAUAACCUACAUUUUUCCUUAGUGGACAUGAUAUUUUUUAAUAAAUUGCAUGAUUACAUAAUAAAUACUCGUAAUAGGAAAACAGGAACGUCUUAAAAUUAAUACGUAAGUGACUUCGAUUGUAUUUUCUGGCCAAUGGUUAUUCAUAUUUUUGAAAAUUGCCUAUACGAAAUCCCUUAAAUAUUGGGGGUAUAGUAGUCUCCUCUUGAAAAUGAAAAUGCCUGCACUAUAAAUAGUGCAGUAAUAGUAGUCUUCACUUUGAAUUAAAUGAUUUAAGUUCUAUAAGUACUUACUUGAAACUAUAUAUAUAUAUAUAUAUAAUAACCGCUUCGUAGAUUGCAACUCUCGUGUCACACCGACAUCAUCGUCAUCGAACGACCCUAAACUCCUUCAUAAACUCUAAACCCUUUUAAUGCUGGUUUUUUUUUUUCAUUUAUGUAUGAGUAUACGUAUAUUAUUAUUUUAAGCUUCGCCCAAGAAGAAUCGUGUGAUUUUAAUUAAACAUUCUCCUCGCGUACAAAAUACAUAGUUCGUAUAUUUUAUACUUUAUAAUAUAAUACCCAUAACAUAUAUAAUUAUUUUCUUAUACGGUGAAGUCUCUCUAUAAUUCAAAAUGUUAACGAUGUAAUUAUAUAACUUCAUUUCAAUCGCUUUUUCAACAGUAGAUGAAUAUUUAGAAUAUUUUUUUUUAUAAUUUAAAGUGAUAAUUCAUUACAAUGUAAUUGUUUUUUUUUUUUUUUUAAAGGCUGAUACCGCUAAUGAGAUAUUAUACAUGUAUAUUUAGAGUGAUUCAGUUUAUAUCUGUAUGCAACGAUAAAUCACUGCUAACGAAAGCGAUUCUAAGCAGAAUAUUAUUAGUCGUAUUUUUUUUUCUUUAUUACCAUGGGGAACAUAAUAUCAUAGUAAAACAAUCAUUCCUUGCUUCACUCUAAAGAAAAAAAAAACAUUUGGAUCACAUAACAUUAUUAAAACCAAAUGGCCUAUUAUUCUUUUUAUUUUUUUAAGAAAAUAACAUUUUCAAAUAAUAUAAUGGAAAAAUGAAAACUUAAUUUUUGUACAAAUAAAAUAUGACUAUAGUAGAUUGAAAAUAAAAUAAUUAUAAAUAAUAUUAGAAUAUUUAUUUUUUUUCAUUAGUAUUCAUUAUUGACUUGUAAAUAAUAAAAUAAUCAAAACUCAAAAUAAUUUAAUGAUCAUUUCUAGAUUUUGAGUUUGGCUAUUAAGGCUAUUACCUAUUCGUUUUCAUAAAAUGGAUUAUCGGUUGAUAAAAUUUCUCCGAUUAUUCUUUUAUGCCGUACCAUAAAAAACUUCCGCUCGAUAGUACAUUCGAAAAACUUGUCUAUAGAUUCCUAACAAGUUUUCUUAAAAUUAAAAAAAAAUCCUUGAUUUAUGGAUUACUUUUAUUUUACACGAGAAAAAACGCGACUAUAUUAUACAUAUUAUAUUACUGCAGUAAAUAAAUUAUAAUUUUAUAAUCAUACCAUGAUAUAUCCUAUAUACGUUCUGAACUUCCCAUCUACAACAGUGGCCUACCCGUCCAGGCUACCCGUGUUGCGAAAUAUGCCAUGCUUUUUAAAAAUUAUCAUUCAAGAUCUAAAAUAGUUUUCGUAAAUCUCUUUUCUUUUUUUUUUUCGGGAGUGGUUAUUAUUAUUAUCUUAAUGCAUAAACUUUUUAACAAAAAUAUUUUAUCUUCCCGCGUAUUAGCAACAAACCGUAAGACAUUAUGUUUUUUUAUAAAGUUAAGAAAGUUACUGUAUACACUUUGAAACUAAUGUAUGCUAGUAAUAGUAGUAUAAUAUAAUAAUAUUCGUUUGUGUUGUCAUUUGUUACAUAAUGAUCAAGCAAGACACGUAAGUAUAUGAGACUUUACAGUGAUGUGACUCGUAGUUCAAACGAGAAUAUGUACACAACGGUUUGAUGUCACGUCGUUUUAAUCAAUGAAAAGUUAUCGUAUUUUAUAUUAUCGUAUUAUCAUAGUUAUAUCAAUGUGAAACUUUCGAGUUAUUAUGAUUAUCGGUAUGUCACGGGAAAAAAAAAUUACUAUUUAAUAUUGCGGUUGAAAAAUGUAUAAUUACUAUGACUAUUUUUUUAGUAAAAAGUAAUUAACGAAUCUAGUUGAUAUGCGUGAUACAUUAUAGUUACAUUAUUAUAGUCUUAGUGAGUACUAUGAUUCAGUUGCGACUACUAUUUAUUUUAAUUAUAAUUUGUCAUAAUGCAGAUUAGUUAAAUUUUCUUUAACUUCUAAGUUAACGGAACUGAAGAUUAUUAUUGUUUUAUUCUAAACGAGAUUGGUGGGAUUUUUUCCAUUGUAUUGUUUCGCGAUCGGUCGUGGACGUACGUCUCUUCUCUGACCAACCACGAAUCACGAUAGUAUGUAUUAUUUUAAUACAUAAACGUUUUCUGUAAAGGUCGCAAAUUCACAAAAUUGAAAAUAUUACGUUAAAAUAAAAUAAUUAGGUAGAGUGUUUCCUAUAUUCGUGCUGUGAACGUAUCCGGACUAACAUUUGUAUCAGUCAACUAAAAUACGAUACUUACGUUAUUAUUUACAACGCGAAAUCGCCUUAGGCUUUCGACUGUAUAAUAAUUAAUAACCAAGACGAAUACUCGGUAAGCUAACAUUUUUUUUUUCUUAAGGGAGGACAGUUAUGUUUUAAAAAUUUGUUUUCGUUUUACGUUUUGAUUCUAACUGUAUGUAUUUAUAGUAAUAAUGCAUAAUGCAGAAUCGUUUGUGUUCGUUUAUGCGCCGACAAUGUUUUGACGAUCGUAUAGUAAUGUUUUUUCAGCGCGCUUAAACGUAUAAAUGAACCGUGAAUUCUUACUGACCGUGAUGACAUCGACCGAUAUGAUAUUAUGUGUUUCGAAGCGUUUUUAUACUGUUACAGUUUCUCUUCCGGGUGAUUUGUCAUCGAAUGAUAUUUUCAACCGUGCUGCAUGCAAUUUAUGUCCCGACGCUUUAGUACGCGACGAUUUUUUUUUUUUCAUCCCAAUGUUUUGGAAUGUUUUCGCUUUAUUAUUAUCAUCCGAUCGUCCGAUUUUUUUUUUUUUUUUUUACUGGUCUCAGAAUUUUUUCAAUAUCCUGACGGAACUUCAAUUAUUAUAACCGUUUGUCGUUUUUUUAUUUUUUUUUUUUAAUAUUAUUUUUAGUGUGAUAUAUUUUUGUCAGAAACGAUGUGAUUUACAGCCCGCAGUUCAAAUGUAAAACUGUUUUGCACGGACAAAAAACUACUCAGAUUUAUAGAAUUUAUAAAAAAAAUUAAAUGUACACUAUUAAAAAAUGAGAACGUGCACUGUACAACGUUGGUAUUAUUUUUUUAAAUAAUAAAAAUACAAUCCAAAAAAAGUAUUAUUUGUCAAAAUCUCAUAAUUUUAAUUCUUUUAAAAAUCAAACUUAUUUUGUAAUAGAGAUAUCGGAAAACUAAAACCAACGUUACACAAUGCAAGUUCUAUUUGUUUUACGGUGGAAAUUUAGUUUCAAAACUAUUUAAGUCCCUGGCCCAAGUAAAAUUUACCUACUCGCGCGAAACAGAUUUUCCUAAAUGUUUUUGUUAGUUGCAUUCAAUAAAUCCUUGUAAUAACGAUACGUAACUACUUUUAAUGUAUUUUAAAAUGAAUUUGAGUGUUUUUCAGUUGAUAAAGUUACAUUUUUCAAAAAAAAUCAAGAGACGCUAUACGCAACCCCUUACACUCGAGAAGUAAAGUGUCAUAUUAAUGAAAGCCAUUUGUGAACCGUAUAGCUAUGAUUAUUAUAAAACGAAAACAAACUCUCUCUUUUUCUCUCUCUAAAAAACUAAAAAAUAAAAAGAUGAUUUUACAUCUGUGUAGGUUCCAUAUCGAUAAUCAGCAAAUAAUUGGUUCUAGUCUGUUUUUGUUUUUUUUUUCUUAUAUGAAAUAUAUAUAUAUAUAUAUAUAUAUUUAUAUAGUAAAACGAUUCGGAAAAAACAAAGAAUAAAUAAUAUUUAUAUUCAGAAAUCACACGCUGCUGCAGGCUUAUGGUUUUUUUUUUUUUUUUUUAUGUAUAAAACCGUCCCCUGCCGUAUAAUAAUAAGCCGUUAAACAUUUCAGUUUUUAAAAAUGUAAACAAAACAAAAUCUCGUAUAAAUCUCACAAAUUGGACGUGUGCUGCGGGGGGGNGGGGGGGGGGGGGUAGUUUAGUAUGUCGCGCGCGGCUUUAUACUUCAAAAUUAUUCGUCAUUAAUACGCGCGUGAUAUUAUACUUAGGCGAUAUACAUUAUAUAUAUUAUAAUACCUAUGUAUUAUGUAUUUUUAUAUUUAUACUAUACUUUUAUAACUUCCGUAAUAACGAUCGUCAUUUUACAUAAUAAUAAUAUAAAAUCUCCCGGUAAGUCUAUCUGUUUCUCCCUCUCUCGAGAUCUCGAGCUAUAUUAUUCUGCCUCUUACCACCAUCCCAUAUCGUAUCCCAAUUAUAUUUUUAUUCUUCCUUGCAGAUUUCAAUUCUUUUCUUUUCUUUCCUUUUUUUUUUCUUUUAUUUCUCGAGGGGGUGGGGUUAUUGUCUAAAAGUUCGCGGUCUUUUUGAAAAUUUAUUUGAUCCCUUACCUACUAGAAUAUAUCUUCUAAACGUAUAAUGCAUAUUAGACGCCGAUGUUGUAUCUACUUAACACACUGCCGGCUUUGCGGUAAAAUGCCGUAAAUCUUUUAUACAAUUUUACUAAACAAGCGAAAAACUAUGGCAGAACAUUUACCAUUUUCACUUUUUUACUACUUGAAUAUAUCAUCCAUUUGAUUCUAUUUCCAGAAAAAUAAUUUUCGCAUUUUUCUGAUUUAAAAAUUUGAGUUGCGCAGUUUUAAAUAUAUAUACCGACUUACGAACUUUUUUAGUUGUUUUAUGUUGAUACAAAUUGUUGACCAAAUAGAUGUACAAUCUAUUUGGUCAAAACCUCGCAAGACGUUUUAAGUUCAUUUGAUUUUUAUUUAAAUAAUGUUAUUAAAUUGCUGCGUUUUUUUAUUUUAAAAAAAUCACUGUUCUUAUACAAACGUAAAAUCAAAAAAAAAAAAAAACCUCAAAUCCUUAAAACGUAAGUCUGGUUUUCCGUUUGUUGACGACACAUUCCAGAAUAUUAAAUUCUUUAUUAAAUGUUUUGUUUUAAAAAAAAAAUAGUAUGUACAUGCAUGUGAAUAAUUUCGAAAAUAUGCUAUCUAGCUAUUAAAACCAUGUGAAGAAAAACGCCUGCAAAUAGUAAUAUUUUUAUUUUAUCCGUAAAUAGUUGGUUGAAAAAAAACAAUUGCCUUUAAGUCUGCGGGUUCACACGGGGUAAGUAAAAUAUAAAAACGAAUCGAGUUAAUUGUUGCUGGGCUACGAGGUAACUUGAUUCAACGACAUUCCGAUAAAAAUAUUUCUAUAAGAUCGAAAUAUAACGACAAAUUCCGGCUUGGAAAAAAAAAAAAGGUUGAUCUGUGUGAACAAUUCUGGAUUUAUAUCUAAUCGCUUUGUGUGAAUCGCUGGUAUUAUAAUUUAUACAUUACUGCGGUUAACAUUCUGUUAAAAACCUGUGUCUUUCUUUCCAUAACAGGUACUGUGAAAUAAACGAAAAGGCCUUUAAAAUCAAUUUCAGAGAUUAAAAAACCACCUUGUUCACUAUAUAUUUUUGAGAUGACAUUUUGAAGACGUUGUUGACAUCAUUGGCGUUUUACAAUAUUAAUUUAAUUUCUAACUAUCCACACAUUAUCGAAUUUUUUUUUUAAUUAUCUAAUUUCUUAACUAAUAACAAUUAAUAUUAAUAUAGGUGGUUGGAAACUGUUUUCUAAAUUGUCUCUAUUUUUGUAAAAUUUGAAAACAAAUGUUUAACUUUUAAUAUACUUUUUCAAUCAAUCUUUUUCUCGAUACCAAUUUAAGGGGAAGGAAUACGGCCGCAUUUAUGGACAAAUAUUGCGUUUUAGACCAUUAAAAUAGAGUAAAAAUCAUGCACAAAUCAUCGCCGCUCGCUCAGUUUCAAUUUUAAAAAUAUAUUUGAAUUCUUUGGUUUCUUAUCUGUGUUUACUAGAAGUCAGUUGUUCGUAUUUCAUUUAGUUAAUUUAGUUUAUAUAAUUAGUUAACCUCCUUUUUUUUAAUACGAGUUUAAUAAAAAAAAAAUUGAGACAUUGUUCCCUGCAAAAUGUAUAAAAGAAGUAUACGAAAUUAAAUAAUUUUUCAAAACAGAAAUUGAAAGUAUUUUUAUUUUACUCUAGCUUAUUGGUCUAAAUUUAUGAAAAAACAAAUUGCUUUUAACCGUUUUAAAAAUUAAAAGAAAACGUCAAAGAAGUUGUCACCGUAAUGUCGACAUCUAGAAAUUUUAUAAUAAUAGGUGUUUUACUUCUGAAACCGAAUGUAAAGACCUGUGUUUUCGUUUGUUUUCCGCGAACGUUGAUUUUCGCUACACGUAUACGAUACAUGAUAUUAUGUUGUCCGCGUUCCAAAUGGAAAUAUAACUUAUUAGUUAUCGUGCUUAACCGGUAAAUUACUUCUUUCAAAAUACUUUAACGAAAGUUAUAGGCGUUACCGAUUUGCUGCGUUUCUACCCGAAACACAAUACUCAUUAAUAUUUUCAUUAGAUAACUUUGUAAUAAUAUUAGGUAAAUAUAUAUUAAUUUUUAAACUUCCUUUUAUAGACCUUUUUACUUAUAACAUAGCCGUAUUAUAGUUGUAUUGCUUAAUUUUAAUCUCAGGGGAGAUCGUAAAGUUUUAUACGUACUACGCUUACAAUGCGAACGGCUAAGAUAUUUCCGUGUAUAUUAUAUACGCAUAUCGCGUUAUAUUAAACCUCUGAAUCUGAAUUAUUAAUAAAUAAAAACCCAGUAUUAUAUACCUAGUGUAUACAGUGCGUGCAACCGCAGCAUCGGCGUGAACGAAUGGCGAGACGGAUAUGCUAAAAAGUAAAAACGUAUAACUAUUUAUGCAUAGCUACGUCACAAUCAUAUUUUAUCAAGACCGUUCGAAUCUUCUUUUACCACCCUCCCUCCUUCUCGCCAGUCCUUAUUCCCCUUUCAAAACUAGGUACACCCAACUACGUAAUGUACUCAGAUACACCCACUAAAUAUAUUCUGUAUUUUCUUUUGCUGUAACAUUUUUUAGAUUCUGAGCGCAGCGAGCAACGUAUUGGUUUUACUUAAUUGUUUACGCUCAUGAACAAUUUUUCUACAUGAAAUCUUACACGGAUUUUCAAGUGUUGCGUCUUUUCCGAAAACAUAUUUUAUCUAGUUAUGAUUCAUUGUGGAUAUCAUUUUUUGAUUUCACUUGUGGUUUUCUUAAUAAUUAGGUAAAACCCUAGAAAAAAUGUAGUAAGAAAAACGAGAAUGUUCUUAAAAAUAACGAUUCCGUUAUUUUAAAUUGUAGAUCAACAAAUAGAUUUUAUAAGCGGUGAUUUCUUUUCGUUUUUUUUUUUUUUUUCACAGCCUAGCGUAGACACUCUUUUUCAGCCGUAAUCGUAAAAGUCAACCGACAGCAAUGGUGUGUACUACAUAGAGAAGGUAGGGUUUUUUACAAUGUAAAAUUUAUAAUAUCGAAACCUCGGGUAAGUAUGAGUAUAUUAUCCCUUCGCCGAUGCCGUGUCGUAAAAAACACCUUUCGAUUCGACCUAAUUUUGUUUUUUUUUUAUUGCCCCCUCAAAAAUAAAAAAUAUAUUUAUAGUGUAUACCUAUGAAACGUUUCUUCAAAAAUAAUCAAUGGACUACCUGUAGAUGCGUAUGAUAUAUUUUUUAUGAUACUUACAUGAUAUUAUUAUGUACUAUUAUAACUGCGAUAAUAAUUUUUGUACGAAAAUAAGAAUUCUAUUCACAUUUUGGAAAUCGGUUAACAUUGGUUUGUAAACAUUUUAAAAAAUAUUUAUUCAUUUUUAACCAACAAUUAUAAGUCAGUUUUACGAGUUUCGUGAAAGUUUAUGACAUUUCGCUCGACUUUUGUUCUUUUUUUUAAAGUUAUUCAAUAUAUAUUUGCGCAGCAUUAAACUAUUUAUAAUUGAAAACGUUUCUGAAUAGAGUUUCGUUAGCUUUUUUUUUUUCCUCCGUGUUAACAAGAUAGCAAAGAAAUCAACAAAAGUUGUAAAACAAAUUGUUCGUUUUUCCAUUUAUUAAAAAAAACUACAAGGAAAAUCAUAAAAAGACCUACCCAAUGCACCGGCUAGAUCAUAAAUGAUACGAGAAAUUUUUGUGUAAUGUUUUAGAUUGGACCAAUAUUUCUGGUAGAAAAGUUGUUUACAGAUACAAAAAAUAACAAACACAUCAAAUAUAUAUAGUAAUACCAAUACAUUUCUCGCUUCUGUUAGAAUCUAAAAGAAUACAACUACAUAAAUACUGUUAAAUUUUUCCCACCUUUUUUUUUUUUCUUUUUUUUUUUUUUGCAUCAUAUUGUUUCUCUUGUGUUAUGUGCACCCUACUUAAGUACAACACGUUUGCAGAACACUAUAUCCCGAGGGUCGCUCGGUCAUUGUGACAGGUCGACACUAAUCCGCGGCGGAUUCACCAGAGGCUCCGGGAAAACAAUUUAUCUUGAGUUUAAAAGAGGAGCGAGCGAGCAGCAUACUCUACAGGGCACCGGGCGGAACAUAUAGUUUUAAAUAAUAAAAUAUAUAAAAAUAAUAUACAAAUAAAAGGACAAACACAGGGGUCGAGGAGGUGAAAAAAUAUACUUUUACGAGAAACUUUUCACAAUGUUUUGAAUAAUUAAUGCCGGAUGCGUUUUUCGUUUUUGUAUUUUUUCUAUUUAAUAUAGUUUUUCCACGACCGAUUUAUGAUGUAAAAUCGAAAAUUUGUCUGCGACGUUCCAAACGCUACAAAAAUACUAUAAUAAUCUGUCACGACGCGACCGCGAAAAGCUUUCGUCUGCUUUUCGCUUUUCUCGUGAGAAUCGUAAUUUAUUUAUUAACAGCUACAGUAUAAUUAAUUUUUGAUGUUGUUUUCAAUUAAUUACGAUGCGUUUCCUAACUUAGGAAUGUUAUUUAUUUUAUUAACUAUUUUUAAAAACCUAACCCGUUAUCGGGAAGUUAAUUUUCCAUGUUUGGAUAGCCUUAAUUUACUAUAGUACUGGACUAUUAGAUCGUACCGUUUAAGGUCGAAAUCAACGCUAAGCAGGUACACUAUCGUUAUCGUUAUUAUUUUUAAAAUGAUUUGAUCGCAAAAAUGCGCUGUUUAAAUUUAAAAACAUUUUUUUCGGCUAUUGUUAUUAAUAUAUUCGUGUUAUAAAAAAUACUAAUUGUUAAAACGACAUUCUCUCCCUCUCCAAAGUCCAAAACUUGAGUCCCAAUACCUAGCAAAAUACAUUUAUAAAUGCAUUCGCGUCUGGUAUUUUUGGCAGUCGGUAUUCCCUCGUGGCGAUUUUACCGCAGAAGUCAUUGUGACAUUUUUAUUUUUUCAAAUUUCAACAAAAUCAUCUUUAUUGUGUAAAACUACGACCCUUAAGCCAAAUUGGUCGUAUCGAGAGACUUAAAACUACUAUUACUACAACUACUUCAAAAAAAAAGUCUCUUCGUAUGUUAUGUAUAGAACGUAUAGUUUUGCUCGGUUGGAUUUAGUGCCAUUUUCUAUAAACCGCAGGCUAUGCGUUUUUGUGGACUCGUGAAUACCUUUCUCUAAAUUAUUCUUUCGUCUAUAUGUAUUGUACAGUAAAUAAUAAAUAAAAAAACUUUUUGUUUUUUUAAUGUUAUAGGCAGGUACAAUCCGCAUGUUAUAGAUACCGUUUAUUUAAUAUUGAUAAAUACACUAAUAAUAAUAUAUUUGUUAUUUUAAUAAUAAAAUUAUACAACUAUUAAUGAAUUUAUCCCGAGGACUUUGUUGUUUCUCGUUUGUAUUUUUAUUUGGUUGUAUUUUAUGUAGUAUAACUACCGGAAACAUUGUUUGUUUGCAUAAACUUACGGAUUAUAAAAGAAAAUUAAAAGUUUAUGUAUAAUAUAUAAGUAUAGUUUUGUGACAGAAAAUUAAUAAUAAUCAAUACGGAGAUAAAGUUCAAAUAUUAAUAUACACCGCGAGGGAAAAUUUGUUUAACGAAAAACUUUUUAUCCGCCCGCACACAACGUGGUUUAUAAUCGAAUUCCCAUCAAUCAUAAGUCCGCGACUCAAAUUUAUCUCCGGCACUCGUUUUUAUGAAAACACGUAAACUGUUUUAUAUUCCGCAGUUCUGUCAUUAUGUUUUUUUUUUUUAUUUUAAAAAUAAAAAAGAUGAUACUGCUCAUGGGUAAGCCACUGUUGCCGGAGGGUAAUCGCAAAUAUGAGAUACACAGAUAAAUGUGGUUUAUAUAUUAUAUUGAACGAUUUUUCAAAAAAAAAAAAACGAUUCUAAGCGGGAUAGUAUAUAAUAUUAGUUGUGUUGUUUUGCUUUGUUACCUUGGUAACCUUUGUCGAUUACCAAUCGGAAAUCGACAAAAAUCAAAAAAUGCAUAAACUAUACAAAAAUUAAUUAUUGAAAAAGAUUUUUUAUUUGAUAUUCAGCAAGAUUUCUGUCAGAAAAGUUAUUUAUAAACAAAAAAUGAAAAAAUACACCAUAUAGUAAAAUCGAUACUUUCCUUACUACGCUCAAAAUCUAAAAGAAUAUAUUAUCAUAUGUCUAUGAAAACGUUUUUUUUUUCCGCGGUCAAGUCUGGAAACAAUUUAUUAUUCUUUGUUUUUUUUUUUUUUUUUUUUUUUUAAUUCCCCUCAACCGUAGUGUGUAUACAAUUAUUAUAUAUGUUCAUUUGUCCGAAAAAAUACAUAUAUAAAUAAUAAUACAUUUCCAAUAAGUCAUUCGUAGGUAUUAUAUAUUUAUUUCAAACUUUAUCCGAAAAUUUAGCGAAACGUAAGUUGUAGAUUUUUCUUCCAUGCCGAACCUCUUCUUUUUUUUUUUUUGUUUUACUCUUGGGAGUAUUUCAACUCUAUACAUAUAAGCCUCGAGACGUUUACAAUUUACUAUAUGUAUUUUCGGCCCAUCCCGUAAACGGGUUUCUCGAAUCGUGUUUUUAGUUCACAACUUCAAACUCUCGCCCAAAAACACUACACAAAAACUUAUUUGUCGAAUUGAAGUUUAUUGUUAUUAUACGUACCCACCCUACCAAUACCUUCGAUGUUUAUUAUCAUACUAUUUACGGUAUAAUAUUAAUCGUUUUAAAAGAAAAAAAUCGUUCAAAUUAUAGAUGCCCGGGAGUAAUACGUGAUAUCAAAAAAAAAAAAAAAUAAAUAAACAUUCGAUGAUCACUACAGAUGUUUACAAUUCGGUUUUAAUUCGUUAUUAUUUAUAUCACAUAAUUAUUACAUUCAACCUUGUUUUUUGUCUGCACACAUUAAAAUGGUCUAGAUAGUUAUACCUUCAUAAUUUCUGGAUGAUACACAAGAACCAAUAUUGUUAUCUGGGAUAAAUAAUUGAAUCGUUUAGAUUUUUUUUCAAUCGUAAUAAUUUUUCUAAUAUCCGUUAUAAAUAAUAGGUAAAAUAUUUAAUUUACAUUAUUUACAGUAAUAAUAAAUAGUACAUAUUAUGGUUUAAUGGAUCAUAAUUAUUAAUAGUAAUACUGUACGCAUGACAUUUUUGAAAUCUAGAUUUGUACCAAAUUUGAUCCACUUUCUUACGAUGACAAAACUUUGCGGGACAGCAAGUAUAUCGCAUAAUAAAAUACUCACUACUUAUAACUAUUUUAUUUACUCGGAUAUUUUAAAACCCUAAUAUAAUAUUCGUAUAGUACCUACCGUAUACUCACGUGGAACUGUUUUAAUUUUUCUUUCAGUUGGUAUAUCUCAGAGCCAAAUAAAAAAAAGUUAUUGAAUCCGAAUUGCAUUUUAAUAACACGCCGUACUUACGUUUUAUUUUUAAAACGCUGUUUGGAAUUGAAAUAUUUUAGCAAGUAUACGGCAUAUCGCGAUAAAAUAUAAACGCGACACAUAAACAGCGGGCGAAUCAUCGUCAUCUUCGGGACGUUUUUUCGUUGUUGACUAGUUAUCGAUAUGCGAACUGUAUAACUGAUUUUUGUCGAACAUUUAAAAAGGAUGAUAAAAAAAAAACAAUAAUAAUUAUCAUAGUAGUUUAGUAUACUAGUGUUAAAAUAAAAAGAACAGUACGUAGGUAGGCAUUAAAAUAUAUCGCCACUUUUUCUUUUCGGCUGUGCGUUUGACAUAAAAGUUUAUCAAGCUCGUCGCAUAUCUGAACCCGUUUAAAAAGUUUUUCUCUACCGUUACUCGCUACCUAUUUAAUGAAGUUCGUUCAUUUACUGCACUAUAGAAAUAGCCAGAGACUCGUUUCGUAUGUAUUCGUAUCGAUAUUAAUAAUUUCCCUGAACGACUAUUAUUGUAAUAUACAAAUCAUACCGUUCGUUUAUCUAGAAAUUGCCUGGAAAAUCGUCUAUAUAACCGCAAACGUCGAUCUUUGUGUAUUAAUAAUGGAAUUUUUAAACACAACGAAUAUCUAAAAUUCGUACAUGAAAUUUCGGAAAAGGAGAGGAACAAAAAUGACGAAUUUACACUAAUGCAUUAAAACUUAUGCUAUAAUACAUAUAUCAAACCGCGGGAAAAUUAAAAGAGUUAAUACGUUAAUAUCGUUUUAUUACGAAAAAAUCCAAAACUCCGAGACGAUUUCAAAUGGAAUAGUAAUAAUAGUAAAAAUCUACAUAAAUGAAUACAAUAAGUCAGAUUCUGUAAUAAACUAUAAGCUGCAGAGUACCUAUUAUAAUAGUAGGCUUACGAAUGAAGCUGCAUUUAUUUUGUUAUAGUAUGUAGAAAAGAAGACUACGGUUUAUGUAUUGUGACUUUAUGGACCACAGCCGAUCAAAGAAGCGAAAAAUGAUAUCGGAAAAAUUCUACGUGUGGUACGUUCGUAAAAACAGAUCGAUCUGUGUAAUAUUUGUAAAAAAAAAUGCAUAUAAUAUCGCUACUGUUUGGUGGCAUUUUCCCGAAUUAUAAAGAAAACUAUUCGGGAAAUAAAAAUCACCCCUCCAAUACGCCAACUAAACGGCGUGUGUUACGAAAAACAAAGCCUGAAGUAAAUGAUCAGAACAAGAUUUCUGCAGGUAAAAAUAAGUGGUUUACAGAUAGAAAAAAAGGUGCACGCAUUAUUGCUUCGUUCAAAAAUUUAAUUUUUUUGUUUAUAGAGUACAGAACUGGACUUUAACUGACUAUUUUGAAAAUACACAAUUAUAAUUGUACACUAUAUAUAUAAUAAAUACUCGUAUAUUAAUUAUGUCAUCGUCUAUUAUACGUAUUAAUCAAAUUUUAAAAUCGAAAAUGUUUGAAACGGAUAAAAAAUUAGUUUGCCGACAUUAGUGUCUAAAAUGGCGCAAACAAAGAUAAAACUAAAUAAAGUACUCGUUUAAACGAUUUGACAUUAUUUUCCGAACGGACCGAGGACCGGUGAUAACGGAGAGGCGAUUUUCUAAUGAGAAGUAUAAUCAGCGUUCAAAAAAGGGGGCGGAGAACCACUAAAAAAUGUAAAAUAUCAAAAAUAAUAAUAACAAUAAUAAAAAACCAAAGCUAUCGAAAAUAUUCGGUUCCUUCCGAUUCCGUCAGAGGUAAUAUGUUUAUUGUAUUGUAUUAGGUCAUAGGCAUUAUGCCAUUUUUGUUUGGGUUUUGAAAGCGAACAAAAAAAAUAUAUAUACGUAUACGUAUAAAAAAAAACUAAACCGUUACAAUUAUUAUUUAUUUCGCUAUUUCGGCGUCUUUUUUUUUCUUUUUUUUUUUUUUACUGGCUUCCGUAUACAUUAUUAGGUUCGCCGUAUAUCAGCAUUUAUACAUAGGAAUAAUAGAAUACGUUUUACUAUAUUAUAACCUACCUAUCUACCUACCUCUGUAAUAUAAGGGAGCCCGCCGAGUUCCAUUAAAAACCCACCGACUGAAUAUCGGUUCCCGCGAUGUAAUCGAAUGGUACGAAUAACGCUCACAAUGAAGUCUAUACAUACGACAUUUUCACUCUAUUUUUCGUUUUACUCCUCCGCCAAUACCCGUCGCCGUCGAUGAAAAGAGAGUGCGAACGAGUCCAUUUAUGCCUUUUGCAUGCGUCGUCGUGUGCACGCUUCACUUGUUCGCACCCCGAAAUACUGAGCGUACUAUAUACCUAUUGAUGAAAAUAAUUUCUUUUUUUCACCUCCCUCCCCCCCCGUCACCCUAAAAUCCCAAAAACGAAUUUGUCAAAACGUUAAUUUUAUAAAAUGUCAGUUAUACAAACUAUGUAGGUAUUUAUUAUAUUCACUGCAGAAAAGCGUACACGUCGAACACAAUUAUUGACUGUGGACAUUUCAAGUAAUAUACUUUAUGCGUAGUUACAAAGAUAAAAGUUCAAUUUGCGUACUUUUGUUUUAUUAUUAAUUUGAAUUUUUUAUUACGAAAUUUUAAUCUAAACCUUCUAAUCAGUGACGAGAUUAUUUUGAAGUAGGUAUACACAAACUAAAUUGAACAUCGUUCAGUUCUAAUUCCAAUUUUCAAUUAUAACUUGUAUACGGUUACCUAAAUAAUAAAACAUAUUCAUUUGAACGCGUUAACUCGUUAAUUUUUUGUUUUCAAUUUACUUAAUAUACAUUAAUAAUAUAGUUGCCUUAUUAUUAUUAUACUCAUUUACUCAUUAACUUGCCCAGCCCUGAUUAUUGGUACUAACACUUUUUUAUUUUUAUUAUUAUUUUACUUUUAUUAUAAUAACAUUUAGUAGUUUUAAAUAACUAUAAGUUAGUACCUAGUUAGUUAGCUUGUUAGUUAAUGGGUAGUUCUAGCAUUAUAAAUAAUAAUUAUUUUAAAGUUACAUUUUCUUCUUCUUUUCCUUCGCCUUCAUCGCAACUAUUUGGGGUCGGCUACUCUCGUCCUAAACUUUCACUUGACCCGAUCUCCCACCACACACCAUUUCAGACUUUGUGACUUUUUGAUAACUCUAAAAAAUUAUUUCUAAACGGGAAAAAAAUACGUAACACUUAAAUUAUAUCAAAAUGAUGAUUUAAUGCGAAAUAUAUAAUAUGUAUAAAAAAAAAAAAAUCGAUUCAUAUUGUAUAAUGUUCAUUGUGUAUCUUUUUAAUUCUAUAAAAAUGUUUAUAGAAUAUUCCGGUUGAAUAAAACACGAAUUUUACCCGUUUGAAACAUUAAUUCUUAAAAAAAAAAAAAAAACAUCGCAACAAACUAAUUUAUAUAUUUCAGUAUUCUAUACAUCAUUUUUUUAAACAAAUACAAAUUCAUCGUAUUCUAUUUUUUUUUUACACUUUCAUAUAUAUGUAUAUAAACAAAUUAAUAUUAUCUAUAUCAGCGAUAAUUAUAUCGCUCUUUUGUAACCUCAAUAUUGUUUGCGGUUGUUUUUUCCCUGCGCGUUGUAAUUCGAUACCUAUAUAUUAUAUUAUUUACUAUGCACAUUAAUGGCAAGGUGGUCACUUUAUUUUAUACUUAAUAAUACGUUUGAAAAUAAUAUCUGAACGCGUGUAUUGGAAUCGUUUUUUUUACACAUUAUUCGUUUCUCUCGUGUUUUUACGAAUUAGUAGGUUCACAAAACAACGAACAUUGAAUAUAAUAUUAUAGAUAAAUCCCAUGACUCGUUUUAAAUGCGAUUCUCGUGCGUCACAAAAUUUAAUGUAUACAUUUUUUGUUAUUAAAUCGUGUUCUUAUAAUUAACUUAACUAGCAUGCACUGUUCUCGGUUGAUAGAAUAUCACAAGACAAUAUGCAUAAAGGACUUAAUAUUAUAAUAGAUAUAUUUGCGAUCUUGAUUAAUGAUUUCCAAAUAUUAUAUAGUUUCGAUAGAUAAUUUCUGAAAUAUAUUUUAAUAUUUGUUUGUUUGUUCAUAUAUUUCUGUCAGAAAUCUUGCUUCAAUCAAAAAUUGUCUAAGAACGUUCGCGUAGCAUGCUAUUUGAUCUGAUUGGUGGUUGGUACCUACAUUCAAGAAGAUAUUUUUUGAGUUUCUUUGUAGUUUUUUUAAUAAAUGGUAAAAACUAGCGACUUUUUAUAUGAUUUUUGUUGAUUUAUUGGUUACCUUGGCAACAAGAGAAAAAUACUACUAACAAUACUAACAAAAUAGCUGAUACUGGGGAUGAGAGCGGCCACUGUUGUAGGUGAGAAGUUGGGAAUGUGGGAUACAUAAAGUUAUUUUAUUUAUAUCUAUAAGCAACGAUAAACCAUUGCUGACGAAAGAAAAUUCCGAGCGCAGUUGGGUAAUACAUAAUUUGAAGUGCCGUAAUUUUUUUUUGCGAUUUUCGUUUAAAUUUGUUUACGAAAUAUGAGUAUACUGUCCAUUUUUCAAGUCACUACAAAUAUUUUUAACUGAAUUACAACAAUUUCGUCUUCUAGUUUUUCCGAAUCAUUAUAAAAUCAAAAAAAAAAAAAAAACGAUAUGUGCCAUAAGAAACUAGAUGUAUAAUGAAACCAAAAACGGUUUCUUGUCAUUUUUCGAUUAAAGCACUUUUCCUAACAAUAAAGUUUUCAGUAUUAUUGUAAAAUAAUGAUAUCGUAAAAAUGUACGUUAUUCCUAUGUUUUUUCCUGAUUAUUAUGAAAACUAAUCGGAAAAUCAAAAAAACGAACUGCAUCAUUAAAAACAAGAUUAAUAAUUAAACAAAAAAGGUCUCUUUUCGUUUGGAGCCAUAUUUAUGCUAAAAAACGUGGUAGGUACUUGUUAAAAAUAACGAAAUCGUGAAAAAAAUCGAAUUUUUCCUGGCUAAUCGUUUUUAUUUAAAAAAUUGCCGUCAAAAAUCAAAAAAUGACCUCUUUAAAGUACAAUCUAUACAACUCGAGAUACACGCAAAAAUCGGAGCAAGUUUACUAGGACAAAACGUGUCCACAGACUAGAAGAAAGAUAGAAAGAAUAAAAAAUAAACAUCUGAGCAAAACCAAUAGUUCCCUUGCAAUGCUCGGAAUCUAAAAUUGUUUCUCAUUCAUAACGACCCAUCGUUGCGAACGGAUGUACAUUGAACUACUCUAUUCCAAUUUUCUUCCUAAAAACAGCGGCACGUCCAUCGGCAUUAUUAGCCUUUUUUCCCCCCUUUAAUUCUGUUCAUUUAAAUUUUUACCGUGUAUUUUCUCUAACAAAUAUUUUUUCGACAUUUUCACUACCGUGCAUAAUAUAUUUCAAUAAAACUCGUAAACGUAUAAACCUAUAUUAUAGACAUUAUUAAUUAUGUAAAUAAUCGAAUAAAUAUAUUGAAUAAAUUCCUAUGUUUAUACGGAUAAUAUUUACCAAAUAAAUAUAACUAUAACACAUGGUUAAAACUCCGGUAAACAAACUAAAACUAAAGUUUGUGUUUUGCAUCAAUUUUCUCAGAAACUUAUAUGUUUAUUACCGCGUGACUACCUCUCAUAUAGUAUAUAAUAAUAAUUGAAACUUUAUUGUUACUAUCAUUUUUGGACAUGCGUGUUUUUGGUACCUUACAUGGUAAUCAAAUUUUAAGAUUCUGAGUGUAGCGAAGAAUGUAUUGGUUUAACUAAGAUGUUUUUUUUUUUAUAUAUAUAUACUGUUUACAAAAAUUCUGCCAGAAGCUUACUUAAGAUGUAUGUAAUGUAAUUUUUCGAUUUUCUCACAAGUUUUUCCUUUAAAUAAGAAAAACGGGAAAAUAGGUACAAUAUUAAACAAAUAUUAUAUUACGAUAAUAUGACAUAUAUAUUGUUGACAAAGCAUCACUAUCAACUGACCUCCGCUCAGAAUUGUUUUUUCGUAACUAAUGGCUUAUCGUUACUUAUAGAUGUACAUUCAAUUCCCUUCUGUAUCCUACCUUCCCAACUUCCCACCUACAACACUGUCUGUACCCACGUGCGAAGUAUGUCCGUCUUUUUUAUACAUUAUAUUUACUAUUGAUAAAAAGAGCCAGAAGGUGGGAACUAUUACUCACUCUUAUAGGUGGAAAGGGGGGGGGAAUGGGACACAUAAAGUUAUUUAAUGUAAACCUGUAACCAAUGAUAAACUAUUGAUAACGAAAAAGAUUCGGAUUGAAGUUCGGUUUAAAAUGUUUUAAAAGGCCAUAAUAUUUAUUAUUUUUGUCAAAAUUUGAUUUAAAACUCUAAUUAAAAUAAAAUAAAUGAUACUUUACAAUGUUUGUAUUAUUUUUUUUUUUUUUUUUUAUCACUAUAUACGGCUUAUAAUGAACUUCCGUCUAAUUUUCAAACAUUUCUAACAGUUUAUUUACAGACUACCUACAAAAUAAAAAUUACGUAAAAAAAACUAGCAAAAUUUAAAUGUCUAUAAAUAGCAGCUCAAAUAUUUCGAAAGUUUUACCGCGUCUGUAAAAACAUAUUUAAGUUUUCUGUUAAAAUAUAAGUCUUUACGAAUAUUUUUAACUGAAUUAUUACGAAUAUUACAAAAACAAAAUUCAAAGUAAUAAAAGCAUUAUUAUUUUUUUAUAAAAUCUUUCUUCUUUUUUUUUCUUUUUCGGCAAUGCUAAAUUAUUAAUAAAACUACAACGAAAUUGAAAAAUGAGCAACUUACUGAAGAACUAGAUUAAUAAUGCAAUAAAAAUGUCUCUGUCGUUUAUCUAUAAGAGCAAUAUGUCUGAUAAAAAAAAAAAAAAAAAAAACGUGACAAUUAAAACCAUAAACCACCCAGUUUACGAAUAAAAUUUAAAAAAAUAAAAUGGUAUAAUUUUACUAAAAAUAGAACAUAAUACAAUAACAUAACAUAAUAUAAUCUGGCGAUAAGUCUGCAAAGAAGAAACAAAAUAAUUUAUGCUUUAAAUGCCGUAAGCCGUUAGUCAUGAGCUGUAUAGGCAUGACUCACGGCGACUGCUGAUACAUCGUCUCUAAAGCAUUUCGCAAUUUCUCAUUAGUCACGAUUGGACAAUCCUCUCCCCCUCCCAUAAUUAAGGAUUAUAUUUAUUUAUUUAUUUUUUUUUUUUGUUAACUCGUCUGAAUCAAAUAAUGUCAAAAGUAAGUAAGCAAUUAAAAUAAGUAAUUAUAGGUUUUUCUAGUGAUGGUGCUAAGGUUACGUAAUUUCAACACAUUUAAUUCAGGUGCGUAAUUGGAGUGGCAAGUUGUUUGGUCGCGUCCCUUACUUUUAAUGUAGUCCCAAUUAGCCCGCUGAAUUAUCGCACCAUUAUUUAUGUAAUUAAAAUUGAACUGUAUAUUUACGUUAUUGGUAUUUUAAUGUCAAUCGCGCUAUUAAUUAAACCAAGUGAACAAUAAUGUGUAUAAAUUUAUCUAUAAUCGUUGCUUAUCAUACUGGACCACAUAUGUUGUAAUUCUUACAAUCUUAGUUCAUGGCGCAAACAAUAUAUACUAAACUUAAAAAUCGCCGGUAUCCACUUAUUUAAAAUAUAUUUUUUUUCUUUUUUUUUUCAGAGCAUUUUACUUGAGCAAAAAUGAUAAAGUAUAUAGCACAAUUUAUAAAUGUAAAUAUAAAGUGCUUUUCGUUUCUUUUUCUUUUUACUGCGUUUUUCUUUUUUUCAUCUUUUUCGUACUUGUUAUGCGUUACUUAAUGGUUUUCACAGUUAAAGAUAAUCAAUUAUUUAUUAUCUUUUAGUUUUUAAGUUGUUUUUUACUAUUUAGGUCCGUGAUCAAUGAACAAAAUUAAAAGCUUGAUAAUGUACAUAGGUAUGAUAUCUAUUACUUCAAGGACUGAAUAAAUUUCUAAAUGAACAGCUUAAAACACACGAAAAUAAAACAUAAAUGACACCCUUGAUUAAAUAAUGAUGAAAUUAUUGAACGGGUUUUUUCAACCAAUUACAAAAUACGAGUAAUAUUAUACAACCGUGUCUUCAACGACAUCAAACAAAAUGUUUUUUAAUUGUAUAAAAUCUAAAAUACCGAACUGGAAUACAUUGGAUACAAACUAUACUAUAAGACUUAGAAAAACAAAAUAUCAGGUUUAAAUAUCAUGUUAUGAUAUUUAAUAAUAUGGACACAAAAUUUUCAAUAUGCCAAUAAAUUCUACAAAAAAAAGUGUAAAGAAAAUAAUUUCGUCAAUUCGAAUCCAAUGUGUAUAAGUUAUUGAAUUUACGUAUAUUUUUACUAUUUUUUCCGAAAAUAAAAAACACAUUGCAGAUUUUACAAAACCUAUUUAUUUUCGAAAUAAAUUGUUAAAAUAUGUAAUAAUAAUAAUUCACAACUAUCUGAAAUCACACGCAAAAUUACAUAAUAAAUAAUAAUUCAACAUUAUUAUUUUAUAAAAAUAAAUGUUAUCAUAGAGGUUGUGCGUACAUUGAACUACGAAGUCAGGUCGUUCACUCGCCACGUGCACCUUGAACCGUGUUUAAGUAAUUAAAAAAAACUAAUAAAAAUUAUUAUUAUAAUAAAUAUUCCUCGGUCAUUGCCGCGAAAACCAUUCGAAAUGUCGAGUAUACUAUGGACCCCUGUCACCAUCCGCCGUGCGCGCCGGUGGACUAUCGUUUAGCGUGCGAUUUAUUAUUUUCUGCCCGAGAACGAGUUUUCCUGACCAAAACACUGGUCUCCGAUCUAAUAUAGGUAUUUUAUGUAUGAGCUUUCUUAUGACGAAUGACGUCCAAUUGCCGUGCCGAAUUUGCCGGAUCGUUGAUUUUAGUUUCUGAGCGCAGCGAAUAAUUUAAUGGUUUUACUAGUUGUUACGGUUUUUUUUCUGUAUGUGAACGACUUUUCUUCCAGAAAUCUUGCUCCGAACAUCAAAUGUAGCAUCUUUUCCAAAAGACAUAUUUAUUCUAGUUGUUUCAUUGAGAAAGGCAUUUUUUGAUAUUCCUUAUAGUGUUCUAAAUAAUUAAGAAUAACCUCUGGACCAAAUGAGUUCAAACUCGAGAAUUAAGCCGUAUUGUAGGCGGAUCGAGGUAGUAAAUGUUGGUUUAAAUUUUCAAUGUAAAUUUAACCAGGUUUUUGCGGGACAAAGGUGUUUUUUUUUUAACUUUGGACACUUCUACAUGGGUAUGUAAUUUUGUGUACAAAUGUACAUUUGACUUUAGUAUAACGGAUCUGUUUUGUUUGUGGGAGAGCGUUUCGUUUUCCAAAAAAAAAAAGUGGAGAAAUUCUACUCUAAAAUAACGCAGCUCUGCCACUAUUCGCGGGUGUUUUUUUUUUUUUUUUUUUUUGUAAUAAAUAAUUUCUCUUGCAUAGUUAACUGCAAAUCUAUAUACGUUAAUAAAUAGGUGUUCUUUCGUUUAUUAUUAUCGUUUUUGUUACGCGGCACGCGUUGUUUUUAUAUUUGCAAUACUAUGCACAGUUGAGCUGAUGACCGCAACCGCCGUAUAAACAUCGUUUGACGGUCGUGCGUACGUUGCCAGACUGAUAAAAUAACACAACACAUUAUUAUUAUUGUAAUGGCCGUGUGCCGCGGACAGACGUCCUGUACGCGAAGUUGUUGUUGUUGGUUUACGAAGUUAAGGAGACCAGUAUAACCUAUUUUUAAAAGCAAUAACUAGACGUUUUAUGCGAAGUGUACACACGCUGACUGCGAGUCGUGUUCAAUGCAUGCGAUGCGAGUCGUAAACGAACGUUAUUUUUUAUUUUUAUUUUUUUUUUUUUUAGUGUGUGCGAGUUUGCAAUCCGUCAACGCCUCGUAUACUCUCUGCCCACUCGCACCACGCACAUGUCAAUAUAAUAAAUAAUAAUUCUUAUAAUAUAUCUAUUUAAAAAAUAAAACAACUAACAGUUAAUAAUAAUAAUAGUUUUCUCUCCGUGAAUGUGAUUUUCAUCUUUCUCGCGGUUUUGCAGUUCUUUCAAUUUCGAAAACUGACGGCGCUCAUCGAAUUCACGACGUCGUCGUUCACGCCGUUUAAACUUGACGUGAUUAAUAAUAUUUGAAAAGCACACACGGCGAAACGGGAUCUUUGACAUUUACGUGUUCGAGAUAAUCUCGAAAAUAAAAAAAAAUUAGAAUAGGCGUAUUUCCAAAAAUGUCGAAUUCGUCGUUUUAAUCGAACAGUCCGCCUAGACGUGAAAAUAUUCGAAAAAUAUGAAAAUAUCGUCUUGAAACCGAAACUAAUGGUUGCAAAUUUGCAUAAAUCAUUCGUAUAAUUUUAUGUUGAAAAUCGGUUCCCCGAAAUACAUAAUAUUUUGUACCGUAAAUUUAAGCAGAGUUUCAUCACUAUAUUAUUGAAUUUUUCACCAGCUUACUUGCCGUUAACAUGUUUUUUUUCCUUUGAAAAAUGAUAAGGAGUGUUUAGCUUAUAUUAAAGUUGUAUACUAAAAAAAAAAAUAUUUCGAGAUUUUUGAUUACACACUAACAAGUGGUGGGAGGGGAAUUGAAAGUUUAAACCUUCUAAAAGGCACAUUCUUGAUAUCGAUUUUAUUUAAAUAAACUCCGCUAUUUUCUGUGAAAACAAAAAUCAAAGGAUAAAAAAAUGAUUAGGGAGCGGAUUAAAAGGGUACAUGCACUGUAGUGGUCUCUAUUUUCUGAGAAAAUCCAUCAAAAAAUCAUGACUACGGAUGUUCAAUAAUUUUCUGUUCUCAUAUAAUUUAGGAAUAACUUUUGAGGAUCCUUUUUGUACCUUAUUUUAAUUGCUGCACCAAGUUUAAAAAAUGUUUAUAGGGUACAAGUACUUGGAGUAAAAUCGCAUGAAUCUAAAAAUCUAAACUGACAGAAAUUAUUAUGUUAUUGUGUAUAUAUUCUCGUUGUUUCUGAGUUUCCUGCGUCUCUGCACUAGCUAAAGAACAUUGGUUAAUCUUCCCCAAAGUUGAUGAUUGAAACGAGAUUUCUUGUCGAAAACUGUGAAAAAUAAAAACCAAACGUCGUAGUAGACUGAUAACUCGCUCGUCAAAUUAUUAAAAAAAAAAAAAAAAAAAAAAAUGAUAACAAUUAAACGGUAGCACAUGUCCGGAUACGUCGAUGACCUCGCCCCUGAAUAAUAAUUUAUAGUACACGCAUACACCAUAAAGGCGAUCAUGUGAAACAAAAAUAUCUAAGUACAUUAGGAACGUUAGCUACUAUACAUAAUAUUAUUAUUCGUUAGUUAGUGCGCCUUUCGGAAAAAGUAAUCGCCCGUAACGCUAAUGGCGUAUUAGUGUAACGCGGACGAAAUAUGUCACAAAGUUGAUAAUUUAUAUUCAUUGUUGUUGCGCAUACGUUGUUGUAAAUAAUAAUAAUAAUAUUAUAAACCUGCGGUACACGUUAUUUAUAGUAUUAUCCGUCUGCCCUCCCCCCCCUCGCUUGUUUAACGUCCGAUUAUUUUUAAGCGGGUUUUCGUUUUAAUUCUGUGCAAGGCGAUUGUUCUAUCCGGUCAUUAUUUCGUAUGAUGUACACGAAGACGUUGAGUAAAUUUAAUUUUGAUAGUUUCAUUUGACAAUUGCGUAUUAUGAUGGAAUUGCACAGGGGUAAAGAGAUUAUUAACCGCGUACAGCAGCGUUCCAGAACUCAACACAAUAUAACAGUGAGUAUAGGAAAAACUUGUUGAAGAUAUAAUACUACGUACCGAUUGAGUGAAAUCAGUGGACAGUGAACUGCGCGAUCGAAGAGAAAAAUUAUAGAAUCAUUUAAAAUGCGACGGUGACAUGACGUUACUGUUAGGCGUUCAAGAUUUUGUCCUGGUGCAACAGACAUUAAACACAAAAAUUAAUGAAACGGACAAUUUUUUUUUAUCGAAUUAUAUAAAAAAAAAAAAAAAAUAUAAGAAUGGCCAAAAAUAUAGUUUGUCGGAGUUGAAGGUUACGCAGAAGAUACAACUCAAAGAGAAACACAAGGAAUGGAAUGUCUUAAGGGCAUUUGAAUGAGAUGAGUUGUCGGAUUUUGAGUUUUGACAUACCGUGGAAAUCUGCAGUCAACCAAUCGAAAUCUUCAUGGACGAUAGAGUUGGUCCGUGAUAAAGCAAUCAAACGAUCUGAAUUCUCAAACGAAGCAAUACUUCAACGCACACUUAUUAUCCAAUGACCGUUUGACGAGUUUUUCGAUUGUCUAUACCUAUACUAUGAUUAUCUUUGUAUUUUUAAGAUCAAUACGGGCUACCCCUUGUACAACACCGCUCUCGAAAACCGUCCGUUUAAAUAAUAUCGAUUUGUUUUCUUUUUCUGUUGAACAUUUUGAUUUAUCGAUGUCCUUUUGAACAGAUCAGUUAUAUAUAUAUAUAAACUAUAUAUAAUAAUUUAUUGUUUACAUCGGAGUUCCGGUACGCAGAGAAUAAAUAUUUAUUUUUCUCUUCCUCCGUGUAUAUGAUGAUGAAUUCUGGCGGCAAGAAACUCCGUAUAGAUCCAAUAUAAUAAUUAUAUUAUAUACUAAUUAAAUUUAGUUUACAAUGGAACAACAAUAAAAUAUUAUUAUAUUUAUAUUAUAUUACUUAGAAGUGUGUUUGGACCAAAAAUAACCCAAAAACCUUCGUGCACAGACGUGUUGUUCUGUUGAAAGUAAUGGUUGAAUAAAUACAAAUUAUAUUUUUUUUAAAAAAAAAAAAACCCCCAAUAUUCCGAUAGAUAUCGGAUGCGUAUACUUGUGUUGUUACUAAAGCGAUGUGGCGGAAACACCCAGAUUAUGAAUUUUCGGUUUUAAAAUCCGCGAUAUUAAGAUACAGGUAAUGUUUUUUUUUUCUAUUUUCUAUUUGUUCCGUGCAUUCUACCAAUUUACUAGUACGGGCGAUAGUAUUGAUUCAGGAAAAAAAAAAAAUAAUAAAAGCGUCCUAAUUCAGCGUUAUGAUAUAUGUUUAAGAAACUCGAAUUUACGAUAAAUUUCGAAUACCUGAACGUUGAGACCAGUCCGGAUAUUCCCCAUCGUCACAAUAAACGCGUACGAUUCUAUCGAACGCUCAUAUUUUAAAGCAUAUGCAUAUUAUGGUUAUUAUUGUUAUUAUUAUUAUUAUUAUUUUUUUUUUUUUUUUUAGUUUAUUUAUUGCACGUUAUACGAAUUAACACGCAAAUGACAGGACUAUAAUAAAAGAACAUUGCACAAGUUAAAUUUAAAACUUAUUGGAAUUGUUUUACAACACAAGUUUUUUUUCUCCCGUGGAAUUUCGAUUAUUUCUUCGUGCGCGUGAUAUUAUAGGCGACGAGCUUCGUAAUAUUCAGCGAGAAUAAUUCGACAAAGACGUUUUGUGUUAAUGUUUUAAUAUUGUGCUUACUUAAAAUCCAACCGCUACGGUACAGAUUUUAAAAUUAAAUUACGUUCUCAUUUUGUGCUAUUGCGCGUAAUAAUAUAAUUAAUAAUUAUAAUGGCGAAUCCCCGAGAGAGCGAGAGAGAGAGUAAUUUUUUUUAUCCAGUAAAAACGCAUUUUAAUAGGUAACAGUGAUUUUAAAAGAACAUAGUAAUCAUAAUAAUAAAAAAAAAUGUUUGGUUAGUAUUAUUGUAAAAAAAACUUUUACCCGCAGAAUAUUGGGAAGUUAUAAAUUAUAUGAUUAUCUGUUAGUAUUGUAUAUACUUUUUUAUGUUCUAUACGUUUAUACAGGGUGAUUUUUUUUUUUAACAUAAACCAGCAAUUAUCUGAGAGGAUUUUAAGUGAAUUUGAUUUCUGUUUUUUCUAAUCAUUAUGAAAUCGUUUAAGCUUUAUUUUGAAGACAUUUUUAAUUUUUUACUUCAUGUUCCUUGAAUAAGUACAUACUUUUGAUUUUCAAAUAGGAACCCCCCUUUUGAACGCAGAUUUGAAUAAAGAAUAUUUUUCUAAAAAUUUUGAUAUGCAUCACACUAAUAUCAGAUACCGUUUAUGAAUUAACAGUUUAAAGUUAAAACCAGAGGCGUAGAGAAUGGUCACAAAUAGACCCUGUAUAUCUAUUUAAAAAAUAAACCAUCAUCAAUCAUACUUAUAUUAUUCUACUUGUAUUAUAUUAGAACACUUCUAUACUUUCGCGUGAAUCAAGAGAGUUUUUGAAGAAAAUGCAGUAGACAUGUUUGUGUUACUUUUUAUCAGACACGCUACGAAGAACUUUAAACACCGCCUCCCCUCCUAAGAAAAAAAAAUAUCACCUGAAUGUGCACGGUGUUUUUGUUUGUUAGUAUUUAUAUCAUCAUUCACAGUAUUAACGAAUAUAUUGCAACCGAUACCGAACAUCAUUUUUUUGUUUUUCAUGCCCCCCCCCCAUAAAGCAUUGAUUUAUCAUAGAUAACGUAACCAAAUUAUAGUUUACUAUCCAUCAUUGUAUUAUCUACAUGAGAAAUUAAGAAUUUCCAUAGAAAAAACGAGAAAUAUUUCUCAUUUUCUUCACAGGCGCCCUGUAUUUUUGAUUACCACAGGUUGAUAUUUGCUCGAAACGUAAUCUUAUUUUAGUUAACUUAGUAUUUGCGUAAUCUGUAUUUGCGAAAAAACGAUACGCAGUUUUUGUUAUCAUUUUACUAGAAAAACUAAUAAUUUUUUUACCGCAUGCUUGAUGAUACAUUUGCAUUUGCAUGUUUGUAUCUGAAUUACAUUUUGUUGUUAAAUCACACCAAAAACAUAAAAUCGAUGUAUGGUAAAAACACACCAAUAUAAUUCCUAACAAGUUGAUUAGCGUGUACACAGACUGCAGCUGUAUAGUACGUGUGAAAUAGAGGGCAUGCGUGUCGAACAACUUUAAUAAUAAUAUAGGUGCACACUGCAACACUUGUGUUUUCCAAAACCGUGCAAAACGUGUUGUACCCGUGGACGGCCCACCGGCAACGGUGGGAAAUUCUACUGUUUUUAACUUUAAUUAACUUACUUUUUUUUUUAAUUUUAACUCAUAAUAUAGAUUGCAAAAUUAACAAGUAUGUAAAGCGUUUUGAGAAACGAAUUUCGCCGCCGAUGAUUUUUAGUGAUAAAAUCGUAUUGUAAAAAAAUACCUUUAAAAGAAAAUAGCAACAAAAGUUGUAAAUGAAAAAAUGUUAUUAAAAACGGAACUUCGUAGUAUUUUCUAUGCGUUGUACGAAAUAACAAUUUAAAAAUAAUAUUGGUUGGUGAAGACGACUUCUUUUAUAUUAAGUUAAAACUUAGGUAUUGAUGUUUUGUAUUUUGUUAACUUUAUAAAUUAAUUGCUAAAACAAUAACUUGGUUAAAAGUUAAAAUUGUCAAUUUAUUAUUAUACAAAAGGCAAUGUAUGUAUACAGUUAUUGUGGUAUAUAAAUUGUAUAGAUUGUUAAAUACUACUCGGCCGAUUUCGCCGGAAAUUUCGCUGUUUGUUUUUAUUAUAAUACCCGGAGUGGUUCGAAUGGGACUUUCGACCACUAAAUCGAGGCUCCCGUAGAAAAUCUAUGAUUAACAUAAGAACUUUUUAUUUCUUGUAUCCGUUAGAAAAACGUGUCCGUUCAUUUGUAUUGUAUUUCGGACAAAACGUGCGUGUUACACGGGUUACAUUCUGUACCUUUGUGUGUACUAAAUUGGUGUUCAUGAAAAAUGACUGGGUGCGCAUCAUAGCCAUUCGGAAUUUAACUUUAAAUUAUCGGUUUAGAGGGGACACCGAUGGGCGGGGUCUUUCGUCCCGUACGUCCUUGUCUUCUAUUACUUAUACCAGUGUAACUAUUAAGUUAUAAAAUUCACAGAGAUCCGAUAAUACUAUUAUCUAUAUAUAUAAUACGCGAUAUAAAUAUUGUAUCUUCCGUCCGUCCGUCCGCCGGUUUGAUAAACGUCCGAAACCGAAUCCGUUUAUUUAUUUAUCGUCUCCCCCGUACCGUAUAGAUUAUAGAUACUCGCGCCAAUAUUCGACAGCCGUAAAAUUAUUAACGGUCCGUAAUAUUAUUAUCGACGUUGCAGCCGUGUUGUUUUCCGCACUGAUAAAAUAGUAUUUUAUCGCCGAGUGCGAAGUAUAUCAUUAUUGUUGUUGUUGGACGCCUACAGCAAUUAUUAUCAUCCGAAUUUGAAGUUAAAUAAAUUAAUGCAAUCUUACUAAACAUAUUAUAAUGUAGUAAAACCCCAUCGAAAUAUCCAAGGUGAUUUUUAAAACAUGUUCAGCAUAUACAUUUUUUUUUUUUUGUUAAAUUAUGCAUAAAUUCGAAUUCUGAAUUUCGAAAUUGUCAAGUGCUGCGAAAGACGAUAUUUUUUAAAAAUUGUUCUCGACAUUUAAUUAUCACGUGGAUUCCCCUAACCUAUUAGACGGUAUCAACUUUAGACUGCCUUUCCGUCAACCGAGAAGAAAUUCUACUCCCUUUUACUCGCCUCUUUCCACCACCAACUAUUUAUCUAAUUCUUCUAUUCGCCGUCUAAUACGUUUGGCCAAUGAAGACCCUAACUUUGACUACUGAGCACUAUUUAAAUAAUAUUCAACUGGCUCUGUAACUUAGAUAUUUGUUUUCAUAUUACUUGUACUUACUAUGUUUUGGGUACCCAACCCGUUUUAUAAUUGAAAAACGUCAACAUUUUCAGAAUAAUCAUCUGAUUGCCAAUUUGCAUUAAAACAUGUAGGUUCUCAUUUGAAAAACCAAAGUUGGUUUCCCCACGUUAAACUUUUUUAUUUUGUUUUAAAAAUUCUAAAUGUAUGCAAAUAUCGUCUUUAACUACACUAACUUAAACAUAACAAAAAUAAAAAUUUAAUCGCAUAGUGUAACCAUGCAUAUGCGGUGACAUGCUUAAAAAGUUAUCCUUUCGUAGCGGAUAAACGGUUGAUACGAUUAAUUUUUUUUUUUUGUCAACAAUUAUCAAUGAACGAUAAAAAAAAUACAAUAAUUUCAGGAAGUGCAUAAAGUAUAAAUGAGUUAUAAUGUAUAAGAAAAGAUGAAGAAAAAAAUUUUAAGGAAUAUACACACAAUUUGUAUACCUACACACUUACUAUAGGUUUAGAAAUUUGGGUUUAUAUAAUAUUUUCAUGAACGAUAAAUAAGUAUAUAUAUAUAUAUAUAUAGGUAUAUUGCAAUUUUGAAACUGGAACUUUUGUUAUUCGCAUUGUAUCUACGCGUUUUUACCAAUAAACAUUUUAAUCUGGGUAGUUUAUAUGCAUGUAUAGUUUUCCCCCAGUAGGUAUUCAAAUUACGUAGAGUGCAUAGUAAUUCCUAUAUUUGAUUAAUGCGUUGGUCCGACGGUCUCCGCGGUUUUCAGCUCGCCUAUAUAUUGGCUUACAAUUUACAAAUCCGAUUGAACUCUUUGCACAGUAUACCCAACAAACGAAUAGGAUUAUUUUUGAUAUUAGGACAACGUGCUCGUUGUCCGGCCGUCGUGAUUCAGUUUCGCGUGUCGCGUUAUUCAUAUGCACCUUUCGAACCUCUCGCGAAAAUUAAUUUCGGUAAGACGUCUAACGGUAAAUUACAAAAAAUAAAAAAAGCCAAAAAGGCUGUCCCGACGAUGGCAAAUUUGACGUGAACCACAAUUUCGGUUCGUUAAGAUUUAGAGAGCCUAAAUAUUAUAACGUAAUAAAGUGGCCAAAACUGAUAUAGCCGCCAUAUUUCGUCCAAUCUUUUGGCACCGUUUUUUAUAUUUGACAUUGAAUUAUUAUAAAAUGUAUACUGUACAUUAUUGUACAAUUUCAUUACGAUACUAUAUUGUAUAUUAUAGAAUAUAUAAUUCUGUAUAAAACAAAAUAUAAUCAUUUUAUAAGCAUAUUCAAUUUCAAAUAUAAAAACGGUGGGAUAAAAUUGGGAGAAAAAUGGCUGCUUAAUUGGCCAUUCCUUUAAUUAUCUGGUUUACCUAUAUUCAUACGUAUAUAGCAGGGAAUAAUAAUCUCCUUUUCCGUGGUCCCCAUGCGGCUAUACAGGGUGACCAAUCAUCGAGACACAUAUCUCGGGAAUUAUUAAAUCGGAAUUUUUUUUUUUUAGACAAUUUUAAGGAACGCAGGAACUGACUCUAAAAUAUUACAUUAUACCGUUAUUAUUUUUCGUCGUCUUCGUGCUCGGGUUAAGGAACCAUCACAAAACAUUAAAUUAUCUAAAAUUGUGUUAACAGAUUAAAUUUUUGUUUUAAUACACAUGUUGUGAAUAAAGAGGACUUGGUAGAGAGUAUAGUUGAACAUCAUAUUUCGUGUAACGACGUGACAUUGAUUAUUGUGUAAUCCUAUUGCCGGUGUACGCAGGUGUAUAUUAUUAUUGUGACCGGAUAUAGUGUGUCUUGAUGGGGUCGAAAGAACGCGAUGAACAAGUUGCAUAAAUUAUAAUAAUGUGAGAUAUACAUAUAUAUAUAAUCGAGACGUUUUUAUUUCCCCCCCCCUUAAUGUACAUUAACCCGUUUUUGUUUAAAACUGUUACAAAGUGGUAAAGUUUAACGCGAAACAUUUAUUUCUUUUCAAGAUCCUAUAUCAUUAAUUUUCCAUAAAAAAAUAAAUAAAAAUUAGUUUUAGUCAAUCAUAUACACAUACAUAACCUAAUUUAACCCGGCACAUACAUAUAUAGUUACUGUCGGGUUAUGCUUACCUAUAUUGCGAUUUGAUAAUUUAACUUUUCAAACGUAAAACUGGGUACUAUAAUAUAAUACGCACAAGUGUUCGUGUAACUCUGAUCGUGUUUCUCAUAUUUGUAAACUAUUAUUUAAUUUGGACUUUUAUUUUAAAACAAAACAAAAUUCUAGAUUAGUUAGUCUAAUACAGUUCAGAGUUGAGAAGUUCCAAUUAGAAUAUUAAAUAUCACUAUCGUCAAAAUAUAAAUCUGACAUAAUGAAUUUUCAUGGAUCGAGAAAGGAAGAAAGUAAAUAAUGACAAUUUUUUUAUUACUUUUUUUCUUUUUUAAUAAUCUUAUUUGAUGAUUUACUAUUGAUUUUUAUAUCAUUAUAAUUUUUUUUUUUUUUUUUUUUUUUUUCAUUUUGUUUGCCUAUUAUUUAAUUUAAAUUUAUAUAUCGAAUCAUUAAUUCGGAUCUAAUCCAUCAAUUCGAAUAGUAAUCCGAAUUUCGGAUCGAACCGGAUUAAGUGUUCGACACUAAUUUCAAUCGGUCUCGUCCGUGGGUUACGUGUACACUACCCAAUAAAUAACUGCGACCAGUUAAAACAAUAUGUACAUAUAUAUAAACACUACGAUGGGAUAUUAUUGUACGAUUGUGUGAUGUGUAUUAUUUUAUUAGAAAGACGUCAAGUCGUUUGUGUCGCACAAAACUUCGUGAUGUACAAUGCUUUAACUAUAUAACUCAUCAUCUUCUCCCCCGCCUCCCGCCGACAUACUAAUUAAAUUAGCGUACUCGAGUUCCUGUCAGCAAUCACAUAACUUAUAUAAUAUUGUAUUGUAUACACUCGUACAAAGUCCACUUGACUUCGGCGUUGACGACAAUGGCCGUGAUCGGUGCGGAUUUCAUUUUCAAUAAUGCGCGUUUGGCGGUUAAACUUCUAUAGUAUAAGUGUAUAAUAUCCGGCGACUGAACAGCGAAAAACAAAAUUUACGACUGUGUUUUUAAACAAAUAACAUAGCGACGUCAUGAAGUUUGAAGUCAGUCGAAAUCAAAAUCAAAAUUAUUUCAACACCAUAAUUUAUUUAAACUAUAAUGGACCUGUUUAUGGAAUUUUUAAAUACAAGUUGUCAUUUGAAAAUCAAAAUUAUGUAGUCUAUUCACCUCUCCGGUUAAAUUAAAAAGUGUAAAAAUUUAGAGCUGCUUGUUUCUUAAAUUUUCAAAAAUGUAUUCUGAAUAAACGCAAUACUUUUUCAAAUUAUCUAAUGUGGACACUUUAAUUGAACACCCUAUACAUAUAACAGUAGUGUAAAACCAAUAUGCGUGCGUUUCCACGCUCCACUCGGAAUCUUAAAAACAAAAAUGAAAAAAUAUAAAAAAAACUUUGUCGUACACUCUAAAUUAAGUCUCUCUCCUGGUCGUUCAAAGUUCUCAAUGAAGUUUUCUUGAUGCUGUGUACUAGAAAAAUGCACCUAUACAUAUUGUAUAACUUUAUAUUAUGUAUUCAAUUAAAACGCGGUAGUUCUUCGCGGUUUCGGGUGGUAUUCCACCGCAAAAAGGAUUCAAAUCAAUACAAAUAUAGACUUUUAUAUAUGGUAGUAAGUUUUCUCCGAUGUUAUUUGCCCGUUUAUGAUAUCCGAAUAAUGCAAUUACGAAAAAAAGUUUUCAAAAUUUGUUUUCGAAUUCUCUCCGUCUAUAUAUUUUAUAACAUACCGUAUUUUAUCUCCUGUAUAACAAUAUAAUGUUCUUUAUAUACCAUCUUUACGUUUUCCACGAGUAUUUUUUUCCCUUGCUAUUUGGCUUUGUCCCAGUAUAAUAGGGUCAACGCAAUAUUCUUUAUUGCCUCUCCGGUAGUCGAAGCUCAUCUCGUAAUCGUCAGUAACUUUUAUUUAUAUAUUAUUAUUUAUUUAUAUUUACCAUAUUGGAAGUAUUGCAUGACGACGCGAUAGUACUUAUUUUUUUUUUUUUUUUUAAUAUUCUAACGAGAAAUGUAACAUUAUAUUAAAAAACACGGAUAAUGCUGAUUUGUGUGUCAUUUUUUUAAGAGACAAGUUUGAAGAGAAUAGAUAUUUAGAUUAAUUUAAUUUAUAUCCGUAUGCAACGAUAAACCAUUACGAUACCUAACAAAAAACGAUUCUGAGCCGAGUAUUAUUUGUCGUAUUUGUUCCCUUAUUACUAUCAAGGUAACUCAGAAUCAACAAAAAUCGAAUAGACAAUUGCCAGUUUUUCCAAUAAAUUCAGAAAAAUCAAAAAAAGAUCUCUUCAAUUAGAUAAAAAAACUAGUUAAACCAACUAGAUAAAAAAUCCUACAAAAAAGUUUCUAGAAAGCUGAUGAUAGAAAAUUUGUUUACAGAUAUAUAAAAAAAAAAUGAAUUUUCAAUUUUUUCAUCAUAAGAUCUUUUUGCUUAUUUUUACAUAAUUUUCGCGAAAAUAUAACUUCUAUAAUUUGAUUAUAUUAGCUAUUACUAUAUUAAUAUUUCCAAAACAAUUAGUAAAAUCUUCGUAAAAAUAACUCUGUGACUGAUUAGAUAAUUAUCGGAGUCAUAUAAUUAACAAAUUCAGUUGACAUGUUGGAAGUUUAUUUUCAUUGUACACAUAUAUGAUAGCACCCAAUAGAUUUGUUUUUAGUAAAAAUGUUCCAACUAAAUGUAUUACAGUUGUAAAUUCCUUUUUUUAAACUAUGUAUGUAAUGUUUUUUAGGCUCCUUUAUUUCGCUACUAAAUCCGAAACCUAUAGUUAUGAUAUAUUUAUAUUUAAAGUACUUAUAAAAUCGUUUGGACUAUAUAAAAUAUAAAGGCUCGUAAUAAAAAAUUAUAUUCUAUCGGACGUGCAAUGUAUUCUGAGUAUUAUUUUUGCAGUUAUAUUUUUAAUAUCUAACUUUGAGUUGUGUUUUGUUUUCAGAAAAAUGUGUAAAACGUCAAAGCGAGUUUGUACAACGAGAUGA